AUGUCAGACUUCCAGGUCGUCGUCGUAGGGGCAGGGCUUGUUGGCGCAUUAGCAGCCAUCUCGUUUGCCAAGCAGGGCUACAGUGUCUCUGUGUAUGACGUGCGCAAAGACCCAAGGAAGACCGAGAAUGCACAGGGUCGCAGCAUCAACCUCGCUGUGUCGGCGCGUGGGCUCGGCGCCAUCAAGAGCAUCGAUGCUAGCUACCAUGAUAAGCUAGUGGCGCGGAGUAUUCCAAUGAAAGGCCGCAUGAUCCAUGUUGAUGGCAAGGAGGAUAGCCAGCUGUACGGCCUCUUUGGCGAGUGCAUCCACUCCAUUGAUCGCUCGCAGCUCAACAUCGAUCUCUUGGAUGAAGCUGAUGGCUAUGACAAAGUGUCGCUCCACUUUGAGCACAAAUUUGCAAGCGCAGACUUUGAUAAUCACAAGGCAGUCUUUACGAGCAAGGCAAGCAACACGGACGUCCCUGUGCAUGCUGACUUGUUGGUGGGCUGUGACGGCGCAUACUCUGCGGUACGCAGUGCCAUGAUGCGGGUACAAAAAAUGAAUUUGCGGCAAGAGUACAUUGAGCAUGAGUACUUGGAGUUGUCUAUGCCGGCAAAGAAUGAUGAUUACCAAUUAUCGCCCCAUCACCUACACAUCUGGCCACGGCAAGAGUUCAUGCUUAUUGCGUUGCCUAACCCGGACAAAUCGUUCACAAGUACGCUCUUUGCGCCGACACAUCUCUUCAAAAAGACGCCAGAUGAGGCAGUGGCUUUCUUCAGAGAUGUUUUUCCCGAUGCUCUGCCAAAGAUUGGUGAAGACCGGCUUCGUGAAGUUUGGCAGAAGAAUCCGGUAGCGCCUCUCAUCCAAGUGACAUGUGCUCCUUAUCACUACAAGGACCGCUGUAUCUUGCUCGGCGAUGCAACGCACGCGAUGGUACCGUUCUACGGCCAGGGCAUGAAUUGUGGGUUCGAAGACUUGCGUGUGCUCAAUACAUUACUUGAACAACACAAGGUGACGCCUCAAGCAACAUGGGAGCUUGGCGCUGCCCUUGAGGCAUAUUCUGCAGGACGCAAGGAUGAUUUGAGUGCUAUUUUGAAACUCGCCAUGGGCAACUACAUCGAGAUGCGGUCCUCCGUCACCUCUCGGCUGUAUCUUGCCCGACGUCACUUGGAUGGUCUCUUUGGUCGCCUGUUCAAAGACAGCUGGGUGCCCAUGUACUCGAUGGUAAGUUUCAGGGACGACAUUCGGUAUUCAGAUGUGAUUCGGCGACAGGCGCGGCAGUCCAAGAUCCUCGAAGCACUACUUGUCUCGGCUGGCGGGGUGCUUGGCUUGUCCUUGGCUACCAGUCUUUUGUACCGCGCCGGUCGCGUUAUAGAGGGUGUCACGGACUGA